AUGGGGCUGCUGGCGGGCAAGGUGAAGGCCCUGAGGGUCGCGGUGUUGGGCCUGCGCCCGUUGAUCAACCCGCGGGCGGCCCUGUCGACUGGCUUCCACCUUUGCGAGGACGUCAUCUCGGAGCCGGGCGUGUGUGGGGGCCUCAAUCGGGAGGUGCCGCGGCUGGGGGAUUGCCUAAUGCGCGCGGACAAAUCCUUCGUGGACGCAAUGCGCCAGACGCACCAGGGGGCGGCCAGCGCCUUGGAGGAGCUGCGCGACCUGAAGCAGAGGGUCGUGGACAAGCACGCCCAGACGGUCAUCGCCCACCUCGACAAGUUCAUGGCGUACCUGCGGGAGGUGGACGGUCGGUUCCGGUGGCUGGACAAAUGCCUUGAGGCCGUGGUGCGGCGGGCGCGCGAGAUGCAGACCGCCUGCCUGCACUGCCAGGCGCGCAGGGCGUUCGCCGGCCGCCUGCUGCAGGUAGGAGGUUGGGUGGCGCUGCUGCUUGGAGCUGCCGCGUUCGCUGCCAGGCGCCACACAUCGCCGGGGGGUCAAUCAGGGCCUCUGUUGAACGGGCUGCCGCCGGUGAAGACGAGCCUGUCUGGCGGCAUCGCCGCGGUGUUGGGCGGCGCGGUGGUGUCCACGGCCGAGCUGCACAGGCGGCUGGCGGCCGCCUUUGGCAAGCUGGCGGACGAGGCGGCCAGCCAGGUGGCGGUACUCCAGCGCCUGCGCACUCGCCUGCACCGGCUGAUGCGCGCGCUGGGCGAGCUGGAGGUGCAUUUCAAGGUGAACAGCGUGGUGGGGGGGCUGAGCGGGGACGUGUGGCCGGAGAUUGGCCAGUGGGUGGAGGCCUACGAGGAGGCGCUGGGGCAGCUGGUGAAGGGCAGCGAGGGGUUCGGUGCCGGGAACUAA